UUCAAAAAACAAAUAAUGAACCAAACAUAGUUUGUGUUUGAAAAGAAGGACCAAUCAAAUAACGUGUUUUAUGUGACUAUGAUGUUGGUAAAUGUCUACUUUAUUUUAACUUUUCGUCUUUAACCUGAGGAUUUGUAAGUGAACAAUAAUCAACAAAGGAAGAUUGUAGGAAAGCUGUAGAUUAAUUUCCUCGUCCAUACUAAAUAUAUAGUUAAUUACAUAAUGGAUGUAUUUCUAAUGAUUCGACGAAAGAAUAUGACGAUAUUUACUGAUGCAAAAGAUAAUACCACAGUUCUCGAACUUAAGAAAAUUAUAGAAGGUAUAUUAAAAAUAUCACCUGUGAAUCAGCAGCUGUUCAACAAAGAUAAUGUUGUAAUGUCAGAUAGUAAAUUUUUAUCUGAUUAUGGAUUAACAUCUGCAACUGCCAAAGCUCAGUGUCCUGCGUUAGUAGGAUUAGCUGUACGCCAAGAAAAUGGUCAAUUUGAACCUUUAGAGAUGACUCCAUUUUCAUUACCACCUGACCUACCAGAUGUGAUGAAAUCUCAAGAAUCCAAUAGCCAAGAACAGUCGCCUUGAAAUAACGUUACUAUUGUGAAGAAGCAGAUGAUAAGGUGUUGAACUCAAUUCAAUUUUAUGAUUGUCAGAUAUUUUUAAAAAAGCUGACAGCUUAAACAAACAUAAUGUGAAUAUUAGAUACAUACAAGUUUAUAUAAAUAUUAAAAGUCUCAAAACUCUUUAACUUUCUUAGUGAAAGUACCAAGUAAAUACUGAUUAUUCGAUUUUUGUUCUUUUUUUUUUCUGUAAGUGAUAAUCAAGUACUAUUUGUACUUGAAUACUUGACUGAAAAGGAUAAUAAAAUGUGAAGCUUCUAAUCCAGUUCAUCACUUAAAUUGAUUUAUAAUCUUUUAUAGGUACUAAAAUAUUUCAACACUUUGUUAUUAAUGCUAAGAUGACCAAAUACCUCAGUCACAAAUAAUUUAUGAUUAUAGCUUAUAUCUUAUCUUACAGUGUUUUGUAAUAUUUUCAGUUUAUUUAUCUUUUAUUUGAAUACAUUUUGUUAGGUAUAAAUUGCUGAGAGUUAUUUUAUUAAGCUUGGAAUAUGAAAUAUUGCCUUGAAUUUUGUAAAAUGUGUAAAUGUCAUCUAUUAUUUAAUAUGCAAAAUUAAAAGAUACUGAUUGUAAAAACUAUGAACAUUAGGUUUUACUGUUAUGAAAUAGAAAUUUGAGAAUGUGAUAAAUUAUAAAUAGUGUAUGUAAUUUUAACAAAUUGACUGCUAUAUUAUACCAGGCAUAUGAUUUUAAGUAUAAAAUAUAAUACUUUUAUUCAUCAUAUUUUUUAUACCAUAACACCUUGUUAGAAUUUUAUUUACAUGUGCAUUAUUUAUUUAUACGAAAAAUAAUACACAUAUUUAUUAUGUAGGGUUAUAAAUUUAAAAAUGACAUACGGUUUAUGAAUACCUUACAUGUAUCCAUGCAGUACUUGAUAUGUAAAAUACUCUUAAGUAUCUUUCAGUAUCACCAUUAAAAUGUUUCACAUAUUA